AUGACGCCAAACACGUUGCCGCUGCCGGCGCUCGCGCUCCUGCCGCCCGUCAUAGGUCUGCUCAUUCCUCUACUCUCGCCCAUCCUCCGGUCACCGCUCGCCUUAUUCCUUCUCUCGCCAUUCCUAUUCUUGACAUGCCUUGCACUGGCACUCGUCGCCGUUAUACUUGUGGCACAAACACUCGAUGCUCGGUCGUCCGUAUGCGAGCGCUCCCAGGGUGCACUCAAGCAAGCAACUCGCACACUCGCGUUCGCCACACCCGCAGCAUGGAGCGUCGUCCUUACGCGGGCAUCGUGGCCCCCCACGCCUCUUCCGGCCCUUCUUCCAGACCAAUUAGCACUCUCCGUACGACUCGACAAUCUCCUCGACCUCGUUCUCUCCUCAUUCGUCUGGCCGUGGUACCAACAACUCUCCCGCUCUGCAGCCUUUCCAGCGGCGAUCAAAUGUGCUCUGCAUCACGCCAUCGGUCUCAUCCUCGACCGCGGGCAAGAGGUCGAUCCGCUCUCCGUGGCAACUCAGCGUGUACUACCCAAACUCACCGCGCAUAUAAACCGCUUUCGGGCCGCCGAGACGCUGCUGAGGGGAGCCGACUUGUCACGCCACCUUACGCAAUCCAGUAGCCUCGAUCUGAUGCUCGCACAGAAGUACGGCACGCUGCAUCCUGCGGUGGGGAAUAUUAGCAGUGUUGACACGAGGCAGACUGAGGAGGCGCAUCUUCGCAAUAUGAUCGGGCGCGUCAUGCCAAAGCUAUUGCCGGAGAGCGAGGCGGCGAGCCCGGCUGUGAGCAUCAUCGUGCGAGAAAUAGUGGCCUGCGUGGUGUUGCUGCCUUUGGUGGAUAUGCUGAGCGAGCCGGAUUUCUGGAAUCGUAUUGCUGAGGAUGUGACGUCUGAAGUCAUCCAACAGCAGCAUCUCGUCUCCCGAGUGCGACAUAUUCUCAGCCUCUCCACCUCUCCCCCUGGUGCGUCCGUCUCCCUCAGUUCCCCGACUGCACAGGCACUGCAACCCAUCCGACUUCGGAUGGAAGACAUCUCCCCGCGCACAUCCGGGAAGCAGUUCGAGAGCUUCCUCCGUACCGUAGCUCGUUGCGAUAGUCUUCUAGAUGCCAGGAGGUUGAAGAACGAUAUCUCAAGCGAGAUACGAAAGACCAGGGUAUUGUUAGCUUCCAGCCAGACCAAGGAAGACGUUCUUGGAGGAUACAAGCCUGAGCUAAUAGUGAAAUAUCUCGAUCGACUAUACACAGCAAGCCGUGCUGUUGAAAAGCGUAUCGGAGUGCUGUCUGGUGAACCGACCCUCCCUACGAUACCCACAAGCUCUCUUGCGCCGGCAUCACCGCCGCUGCGACUCAAUGGCCCAAUGCCCACCCUGAGGACUAUUCUUACCACGCCGGAGAGCCUGAGCUAUUUCAUGGAGUUUCUUGAUCGGCGUGGCAAGAGUCUUUCAGUGCAGUUUUGGCUCACUGUGGAAAGCUUCAAGGACCCCCUCGAGAACGUUGAAUCGGACGGGAAUGAGGAGACCGAUGAGCCUGAUGACAACGUGACUCUGCCGAAUGGCGGGACUGGCACGCUCAGGGAGGACGUCCAGCUCAUCUGGGACCUUUAUUUCUCCGAAGCAUCCGCACAGCGGCCGAAGGUGUCUCAAAAGAAUAUCGAUGCCGUUCGUACAUUCCUCAACAAAGAAGGCCCCGUUACUCGAGGCGAUGAGCGCAAGGCUCGUCAAGCGGUUUUGAGAGCGCAGAGAGAGAUGGAGCAAGAGAUGGAAGGUGCCUUUGAGGAGUUCAAGCGUGGGGAACUUUGGCUCAAGGCUGUCGCUGCUGGUGGAAAUGUCUCGACUUCUACAUCACCUGGUUUACCGAGGGUACCAAGCCAGCCGGACCUACAGUCUCGCACGGAGGAAAGCAAGCGGAAAAGGCCACUUCCUCAGUACAUUACUCACUCACAACCUGUAGUCUUGACAACGAAGACGGUGGUCCGUGGUCGAGUCGAGCCCGAAGCGCCAGCAAGGCCUCCAUCCGUUCGGGCCGGCAGCGCAGACAGUAAGAGUUCUGCCCCCCAACGACACGCAUCACGAGCAAGUAUCGACAGUACUAAAACAAACCUGGAUGCGCUCUUUGGUGCCGCACCAAAGGAUCGUGCACCGUUAUUUGGAGAUGAGACGGAAGAGCGAGCAAGGGGCGUUGACAUCGAAGCCAUCCAGGCCGCUUUGACUGACAUCAUCGCGGAUGAAAGCGACCAUCGGCAAAGUGACGAACGAUAUGUUGAUGAGCGAAUAUCAGGCUUAGCAGGGCUCGACUUGGAGCCUAAUUCUGCUGUCCGGGAGAAAGAGGACGAAGAAUGGAAACUCGCUAUACCUGGAGAUCCUCAUUUGCUUAGCUCAAUUGCCAGGCUUGCCGAGAAAGUCGCAAAUCUUGAACAGCAAUCUACGCUCCUCGAUGCUCUCACCCGCAAAGCGGAAUUGACUGGUGACAACAACGAGCUGAGGUUAUUGAGCACCAGUAAAGCUGCAUUGGAACGUGAGCUGCGAGAAGUGCGAUUUCAAAGAGAACAAUUUGUCAUGCAAGAGCGCAAUGGAAUCCUGACUCCGGAACGUACACGAGUCAAGAUUGUGGGUACAACCAUGACCGAUGAAGAAGGAGGCGUGGGUCGCCAAGUCGUCAAGUACGCGAUUCAGGUUCAACAACUUGAGCAGGACGGUGCAGAUGAAGGCGAAGGCAGCAGCAGUGGUUGGGUGACAGCCAGGCGAUACAGUGAAUUCUGGGCGCUUCAGCAAAGGCUGAAGGAAAAGUUCCCAGAAGUCAGACACCUGGAACUGCCAGCAAAGAAGCUAGUCAACACGAUCAGUGCCGUUGUAGACGCAAGACGGAUCGCUCUGGAGAAAUAUUUGCAGACAUUGCUGACUUUCCCAACCGUUUGUGCAUCCGAAGAUCUACGGGCUUUCUUGUCACGGUCACCGAAGUAUACUCCAACUUCGUCCAUAAUUUCCCAAUACGCAUCGCUUACGGGAUCUUUUUUGUCACCAUCUACGGACCUGAUGCGAUCGUUGACGCGGCUAACAACAUCGAUCGCAGACGAUAUAAUAUUCGGUCCCUCAAUGCUUGAUGUUCUUAUACAGCGCCUUACACAGCAAGCGAAAACAGAGGAAGAACUCGUGAAGCUCACAGAAGCAGAAGGGUUACGACCGUUGGAGGGUGAAACUGGCGGUGCCACCUUCGCAGCGCCUAUCUGUGAUCUUAUUCUCUCAGUAUUCGAGCUGAACGACCGCAACAACUGGCUACGACGACAGGCUGUCGUCAUUAUCUUGCAACAAGUGCUGGGCAGCACUAUUGAACGGAAACUGCGGGACACACUGAAGGCUAGCCUGGAGGAACAUAAUAUUGUUGCCUACUUCGAUAAAUUGCACAGGGUCGUCUUUCCUGGAGGGAAGUUCCGGACGUCUGGGCCGCCACGUACCGCAGAGGAGAAGGCGAGGACACGGGAUGAAGCUAAUCGGAAACUCAGCGCACUCAUGCCAGACUUGUUCUCGAACAUGAUCGGCAGGUCAAAUGCUCGGCGUGGUGCUCGCCGGAUGUUUGCCGUUUUGCAGAAUCAACGACUCAAUCGACACAUAAUUUACACGGUGAUGGACGAAGUAAGCCGAACCGAACCGUUCAUUGGCUUGAAGCUGACUGUUAUAUAG